AUGUUCAGCAGGAUAAAGCAACUGGUGAAGACCCCCGAGCCCCCUCCUCAAAGCCUACCUCCACCCACAAAGGAAGAAAAACCUCUGGAAAAAAAUGACGAACUCCCCAAAAAAGAUGGUGCACAAAAGGAAGAAAAUAAAGGACCUACUUCUGCUGGAGCCGCCCCUGCCCCUGCUGCAGCCGCCCCUACCCCUGCUGGAGCUGCCCCUGCCCCUGCUGCAGCCGCCCCUGCCCCUGCUGAAGCCGCCACUGCUGCAGCCGCCCCUGCUGCACCCCCACCUGGCCCUGUAGCAGCAGCACCGGAGGAGGGAAAUAUUGAAGAGUUGCCACCAUCUCCUCCACCUGUGGUGUACUCCCGAUACGCUGACGACCACCUCCGAGCUGUGGCUAAAUUACUGAGGGAACGAACUGAGCUUCUCAAAGAGAAAGUGAUCGACCCAUAUGCCACGUCUCCAGAAAUCACUCCACCUGUCACCCCCAUUUACAAGAAGGAGGACUACAUACAACUAAAGGUGGAGGAGCGUAUUGCCAAAGAGGAGGCAGACAGGAAAAAAGCAGAAGAAGCGGCCAAAAAGGCAGAGGAGAAGAAGAAGAAAGAUGAGGAGAAGCGCUUGGAGGCUGAGAAAAAGGCAGAAGAGGAUCGUCUGGCUGUGGAGGCCCAAAAGAAAAAGCGAAUCCUCCCAGAAGUCCACUGUCAUUGUUUUGACGUGCUCUUCCAGCCCCUCGAGAGCAAGAUGGACGCCGUGCUGGGAUCCACCAUCGACCGCUUCACAGAUCGGAGGUACAUCUUGUGGAUGGCUUUUGUGGCCAUAGCGUACAACUAUAAUGUGUGGCUGUGCACGGCUCGGCUUGCCUUUCCCUUCCACAACGCAGCCGCAAACCCCUACUGGGUCUUCUUUGACAUCCUUAGCGACAUCAUCAACGUUAUUGAUAUCGUUAUUUGGCAACCAAGGCUCCAGUUUGUCAAAGCUGGAGACAUCAUUAAAGACAGAGCCUUGACCAAGAUACAUUAUCGUAAAUCCACCAAGUUUAAAUCAGAUAUAAUGAGCGUUCUCCCAUUUGACAUCAUAUCUCAGUUUCUGCAGUUUGAAUUCUCAUCCAUGUAUAGAAUCAACCGUUUCAUCAGGCUUGAUUCCUUUUUUGAAUUCAGCGACCGUCUUGAGAGCAUCAUGGCUAAAGCUUAUAUCUGGAGAGUGGCUCGGACUACUGGCUAUCUCUUGUUUGUGCUGCAUAUUAACGCCUGUGUUUACUAUGUGGCUUCACUUUACCAAGGCCUUGGCACCAGCCACUGGGUCUACAAUGGAAACGGAACAGCAUAUUUGAGGUGUUAUUACUUUGCGAUGUUGAACUUCUUUAUUGGUGUCUUUGUCUUCUCCAGUUUGAUUGGACAGAUGAGAGAUGUGAUUGGAGCAGCCACAGCAGGACAGACGUACUUCCGCGCUUCCAUGGACGGCUGUGUGUCCUACAUGAACACGUACCACAUUCCUAAAAUGGUCCAGAACAGAAUCCGCAUGUGGUACAAUUACACGUGGGCUGCACAGGGCAUGCUGGAUGAGUCCGAGCUGUUGGAUAAGUUGCCCCUGGUAAUGAAGACAGCCAUUGCAGUGGACAUCAAUUUAGCAACAUUUCAAAAGAUUGAUCUCUUUAAGGGCUGUGACCAGCAGAUGUUGGUCGACAUGUUGCUAAGGCUCAAAUCUAUCAUUUACUUACCAGGAGAUUUUGUUGUCAAGAAAGGCGACAUUGGUAAAGAGAUGUAUGUCAUCAAAAGUGGAGCUGUGCAGGUGGUGGGGGGACCAGACAACAGCAUAGUGUUUGUGACUCUGAAGGCCGGCUGUGUGUUUGGCGAGAUCAGUUUACUGCAGUCUGCUAAAGAUGGUGGGAACCGACGCACAGCCAACGUAAAGGCGCACGGUUUUGCUAAUCUUUUUGUACUUGAGAAAAAAGACCUGUUCGAUAUUCUGAUUCACUAUCCAGAAUCACAGAAAGUGUUGGCACGAAAAGGAAGGAAACUGAUCAAGGCAAAAGCUGCAACAGGUGCGAAAGCCGAGGAAAAACCCAAAGGAAUGACGCUUUUUCAGACCAAACCAGCAACGCCAAAGAUGCUCAAAGCUCUGGGGAAUCUGCGGAAACGAUCCCUCAUGGAUAAAUUUAAGAAAGCAGAUGCAGACCAGAACUGA